AAAGCCGUUUGCUCUUUAUUGAUGGGUGUCGUAUUUCUGUAAUUAAUUUCCAAAUUAAUCAACUUCAUUCAUAUUUCGACAUCCUUCCCGUCAAUUGAAAAUGGUUUAGCCAGGGCCGUGUCAAAAUAAGCUCAAGUAUCUGACUGUAUUUAGUGUAAACAAAUCCAAAAUGUCCGUUCCAAGCACUGGUUUGAGCAAGUUGAAAAAGAAACACAUUCGGGUGAAACAUCAAAAAGUCAAAUUGUUUCGUGCUAAUGAGCCCCUUCUGUCUGUGUUUAUGUGGGGUGUUAACCACACGAUAAAUGAACUGAGCCAUGUGUCCAUACCAGUUAUGCUGCUGCCGGAUGACUUCAGAGCUUACUCCAAGCUCAAAGUCGACAACCAUUUGUUUAACAAGGAAAACAUGCCAUCUCACUUCAAAGUGAAGGAAUACUGCCCGCUGGUGUUCAGGAACCUUCGGGAAAGGUUCGGUAUCGAUGACUUAGACUACAAAGAAUCCCUCACGAGGUUUAGAAAACCAGAUUCGUACCUCCGCCCGCGGCAAAGGAAGGUUAUAAACAAGCUUCGAAGAUCCGCCACCGCCCCCACAGCUGUCGGCGAUUGUGAGCAGAAUCUAUUCCACGACGCCACAGCUUUCAUGAAACGGGGCCUGACGAUUAAACGACUGAGGUCACAGCCCAUUCCGGAUGACUCGUCCGGAAAAUCCGGCGCCAAGUUCUAUCAGAGCUACGACCGGCUGUUUAUCCUCAAAACUCUCACUUCGGAGGAGGUGGAAAGGAUGCAUUCCUUUCUUAAACACUACCAUCCGUACAUAGUAGAGCGACAUGGCAAAACGCUUCUCCCUCAGUACCUCGGCAUGUACCGGCUCACAGUCGACGGUAUAGAGCACUACCUCGUCGCUACCAGGAAUGUGUUCUCCAACCAUCUCAACAUACACAGAAAAUACGAUCUCAAAGGCUCAACGGUGGACCGUGAGGCGUCCGAAAAGGAGUUGGAAAAGGAACUGCCCACUCUCAAAGACAACGAUUUUAUCAAACAGGGCGUCCGUAUUGACAUAGGGGAUGCGGCGAAGGAAAAACUACUCGAAACUCUUACAGCUGAUGUUGAGUUCCUAACAAAGCUCCACCUGAUGGACUACUCGCUGCUGCUCGGCAUGCACGAGUGCGGCCGCGGCGAGGCGGAGGCCGAGGCGCAGCAGCCCGACGACUCCGAGACAGAGUCCGAGACAGACUCUGAUACGGACAACAGGCACGGCGACAGAUGGGGCUUCACGACGCCCCCGGAUAGUCCGCGCGGCGCCGGGCCGGGCGGAGUGGGGCGGCGCGCGUUGUAUGCGGGCAUCAUACCGGAGAUUGACAUCUACGCUAUACCUAGUCAGGAAGGUGCACCUAAAAAGGAAAUAUACUUCGUUGCACUCAUCGAUGUAUUGACGCAUUACGGAGUUAAGAAACAGGCGGCAAAAGCAGCGAAGACGGUGAAAUACGGCAGUAACGUCGACGGCAUAUCCACGUGCGACCCCGAACAGUACGGCAAGCGGUUCAUCGAGUUUGUCGCGAAGGCCAUCGAGGGCAACUGAACGCUGGUUCAACACUGCUUUCCUAACCUCCUGUCAUGUGUGGCUCUAUCACAGGUCCUUUUGGUUUAACUUUGAGGUCAUUUCCUUCUGAGAAUCCAGCAGUUCUGAUGAUCUGGCAGGCAAGCAUGCAAACACUAUUUGUAAGUGCGAUAGGGAUGACCUGAUGUUUUAUCUUUUAUCGCGCGACCAUGCUUGCCUGCCUGGGGCCCGUUUCUC